AUGCCAGACGGUGCUGUUUACGAGGGCCAGUUCAAGAAUGGAAAAAAACAUGGGGUUGCGAAGUAUACCUACGCGAAUGGUGCCGUCUAUGAAGGCGAGUACAAAGAGGACAUGAAGGAUGGUAAGGGCAGACUUAUUUGCGAUGGCAUUGGAACUCUCGCCGAGGCCUCCACCUAUGAGGGUGACUGGUCGAAUGACCUGCAGGAUGGCCAGGGCAUUGAGCGGUGGGGUGAUGGAUCAAUUUUCACUGGAUCUUUCAAAGAUGGCAGGAAGCACGGCCAUGGAAAGUUUAUGUGGGGUGAAGGUUGCAUGUACGAGGGAAACUUUGCGAACAACGACAUGCAUGGAGAAGGCCGAUAUGUAUGGGCUGAUGGCCGCCAGUUCAAUGGUGACUGGAUAGAAAAUCAAAUGCAUGGGGCAGGAACCAUGAGAUGGCCUGAUGGGAGGAUUUUUGAGGGUGAGUUCAGCCAUGGCAAGAAGGAAGGUGAGGGAACCCUCACCUGGCCGGACGGCCGGACUUACGAAGGCCAGUGGGCCAACGGAAAGCAGCAUGGCAUGGGUGUGGUGACAACUUCCAAGGGAACAGGGCGAAAGAGCUACUGGAAGGACGGCAAGUUUGUCAACUGGGUCAACACCAACUGA